AUGCCGCUGCUACUGCUGCCGGCCGCGCGUUGCGCCGCUGCGGCGUCGGCGUCGCCGUCGGCGUCGGUCGCCUUCUCGCGGCCCGCGCCCUCGCGGCUCCGCGCGUCGCACCUCGUCUUCGCCUUCCGUCGCCUGAGGAAAUACGGCCGCCAGAGCCGUGAGCCAGUACCCACCACCAGCCAAAGCUUCGACGAGGCGGACGAGGACGAUGACGACGACGACGACAUUGAGGAGGCGGUUGACGAGGAUAUCUUUCUGAAGAAUCGGCCCAAGCCGCCCGGUUUCGGCGUAGGGAAGACCUACACCACCGACAUUGAGGAGCAGCUUCUCCGGGAGAUGGGCCUGGGCGGCGCGGGGCGCCCGUCCCCGGCCAAGAGCGUCAAGGCCGCUGGCUCGGCCAAAGAAACCGGCGCAGGGAGUAUCUGA